AAAACAACAGAAAGAAUUUUUCUUCUUUUCCACUUCUUGUGUUUUGUUUUUUGUUUACAAACUACAAACACAGACCAGAAAUCAUACACGAGCGUAGGCGAUUUUGAUGACCUAGAAAUAAAAACAAAAGGUUCAGGCAAAAUGGCAAGCGAUGGCGAUGCUCGAAGGAGCACCGCCGCUCAAUAUUUUGCUGAAGAUGAUGACGAAGGUGGUUCCGAAAACAGGAUUGUUAACCUGCUCAACGAAGCCAUGAUGGGCGAUGAAAAGGUGAAAGUGGAUAACUUGCGAAAAGUGCAAGAAAUUGCUAUCAACCUAUCACCCAGUUUGCUCGACAAUUUUCUGGACGAGAUCUUAGCUUUCCAGCGAGACCGUAACUCAGAUGCUCGCAAGAUUAUCGUGGGUUUUAUUGAGGAAGUGAGCAAAAAAGAGCCAGACGUACUGCCUCGCCUCUGCAAUUCCCUUCUGGCAUUAUUAAACGACGAGUCAGUCCAAGUUCAGAAAAGGGCAGUGCAAUCUGCAUCCCAAGUUUACAAGGCUACACUCAUGUGGAUUUCCAAGGCAAAAACGGUGUCCGAAUCACACGACAAAACUUGGCAGCAGAUGAUUCAAAUCAGAAACAUGAUCUCAGACAUGGUUGAUCAUGACAAUGAUGGUAUUCGAACUCAGGCUGUCAAAUUUUUGGAGAUGAUUGUUUUGCUUCAAACCUAUGUGGAGGCAGACAGUGUGAGAAAACCUAAUGAUUUUUCUCUGGAUGAUGUGCCGAUGGCCCUGAAAAUUGCAAAACGACGGAGACUAGAAGAUGAAGCUGUUGCUACGCUGGAGCACAUAAUUAAAUUCCACGGCUCAGCUCACAUAAGCAGUGUUAACCUAAUGGCUUGCAUGGGAACUUUGACAUUGAUUGCUAAAAUGCGGCCACAGUAUAUGGCAAAAGUUAUUAUUGCUUUUGAAACUCUGCACACUAAUCUUCCGCCUACAUUAUCAAAAUCCCAAGUAAGUUCUGUGAGAAAGCACCUUAAACUGCAGCUGCUCAACUUGCUGAAGCACCCUGCAGCUUUUGAGAUGUUGUCAAAUAUCACAACACUUUUAAUGGAUUUGGGUGCAACCCAGAGUGAAAUUGCGAAGAAUUCUCCCAAGCCUGACGAGGUUCGUAAAAGACAAAAAAAGCUUGAUGCUCAGCUACCCCCUCUUAAGAAGCCCAAACUCGAAGUCCCAGACGUGUCUACGGCUAUUGAUAAUACAAAACCGUCAUUGAGUAGUUCAGACAUUGAUCGGCUGGAAGGUUUUAUUGCAGAUAGGUUAGGUCCUGACAUGGCGGCACAGCUUGUUAUGCAAGCAAUGAAAUUUUUGCCAGAAAAGAUGCCUAACACCUUCAGUUCAACGUACACCCCUAUUGCUGCUGCUGGGACUCACGGUCAAAUCAAACAUGUUGCAAGACUGAUGGCAACUCAGCUUGCAUCUGCUGGUUUUGGGCCGGACUGCACAAGAGCCUCCGCAGCUUUGACUUCUGUUUUUAACAAGAAAUUACUUGAAGAUGAUGAUGAAGACGAUGAUAUUGUAAUUCCAAUGGACGCUGAGCCUAGCAAACCAAUGGAGGCUCCAAUUCCAGUGCCAGCCCCUGUGCCAGUGAAAAUUGCCAAAAUUCCUAAGAUCAAGAAUCUAAAACUGGCAGAAAUCACAAAGCCACUCUCGUCAAAGGCAAGAAACAAAAUGGUUCAAAUGGCUGUCCAGAGAAUUCUUAAGGCCGAUAAUGAUGCUGUUUUGGGAGGGGCAAUGGUUACAAGAUGCAAAAUUCUAACUAGCCUUGCCUCCCAGUUUCCUGCAGAUGUCAGAGAUGAAAUUUACAAUUACAUAAUUGAGGAUGUGAGUGACCACUGCGAUUUGGCACUGCAAUGGCUCUAUGAAGAGUACAGCUAUAUGCAAGGCUUUAAUAGGAGCAACAGCCUGCUUAGGAAACAGAAUGCUGAGGCUCCUGAGGAGAACUACAAUAAAUUACUGUGUGGAAUAAUCAAUACACUAAUUUCGCCCGAACAACCCGUCAAAGAUCACGAAACGUUGAUGUGGAGGAUUUAUCUUGAGAGUCCGACUAUAACCGACGACGCAGUUGAAAUUCUCAAGGCACAAUGUGGAAAUGAGGAUAGCGCUCCGUCGUGCAUCGAUUUGCUAGAGCAUUUGGUCACCAAGCGCCCUCCCAAACAACUGCUUUUCCUCAACUGCCUGCUACUGUACACGGCCCAUGAAAGCACUUUGAUUCGAACGAGAGCUAUCCAAGCUGUUUACGAUCUUUAUGAAAAAGGUGUUCAAUGCAAGGUUAUUGAAGACUAUGCAAUCUUCUAUCUUGGAUUCUUGCGUUUGGCACACCCACCCGAGGUCAUCUUUGGGGAAGACAGAGGUCGACCUGUAACAGUUAAAGAUUGGAAUGAGAAUUGUGUCAAAGCUUGUCUUUAUUUGUACUUGUCUUUGCUUCCUCUCAACGAAAGCAUGAUCCACGAGUUGGCGAAAAUUUAUGUGCAAACAGUAGCGGAUGUGAAAAGAACAAUCCUGAGACUGCUUGAACAACCCAUCAGAGGCAUGGGAAUGGAAUCGCCUCAGCUUCUGAAGUUGGUCGAAGAGUGUCCAAAAGGCGCCGAAACUCUGGUCACCAGGGUCAUUCACAUUUUAACAGAAAAAAGUCCGCCAAGUACGGAACUUGUCAAUCGUGUGCGAGACUUGUAUCACUCUCGAGUGUCAGAUGUUCGUUUCUUGAUUCCGGUUUUGAAUGGGCUGACAAAGAAGGAGGUGAUUGGGGCCCUGCCAAAACUUAUCAGUUUGAAUCCUGUUGUAGUCAAAGAGGUUUUUAACCGUCUGCUGGGUACUCAUUCUGAGGGCUCUAGUUACACUUCACCGCUGACUCCAGCAGAACUUUUAAUUGCUCUGCACAACAUUGACACGACCAAAGCAGAUAUGAAAACAAUCAUGAAAGCCACGUCUCUGUGCUUUGCGGAACAACAAGCGUACACCCAAGAAGUCCUGGCGGUGGUCAUGCAAAGUUUAAUGGAGCAAAGUCCACUGCCAACCCUGUUCAUGCGAACUGUCAUUCAGUCACUGGCUCUUUACCCUCGACUGAUUGGCUUCAUCAUGAAUAUCUUGCAGCGACUUAUUCAGAAACAAGUUUGGAAGCAAAAGAAAGUUUGGGAAGGGUUUGUUAAGUGCUGCCAGCGAACAAAGCCCCAGAGUUUCCAGGUUCUACUUCAACUUCCCAUAUUGCAGCUCGAGGAUGUUUUUAACAUCUGCCCAGACUUGAAGAAACCUCUUUUAGAGCAUGUUCAAAGUCUUACCGAUAACCAGAAAAUGCAUGUACCACCAGGUGUGAUGGAAGUGCUUACCGGAAUUAAGAUGGAGGUAGAUCCUGCAAAUCAGCCAGGUCCACCAGGUGAUGAGUAGAGCUUGGUAAACGCAUAGCCUCAUUAAAUAAACUUAACGCAUAUUCAUCUGAUUUGUUUUAUU